AUGCCUGGGGGUGAAGUAGGCAACCCAGUCCUCUGUGCAUAUCUUCUUAGAAGUAAUCCCUCUUCUGUGUUCAAUGGGGCUCCCUUGAUUUCCGCAUGGGUGGGGAACCUCAGGGCUGGGCGUGGCCCUCCAGACCUUUCUAUCCGGCCCUCGGAAUUCACCUCCAACCCACAUUCCUCACUAACCCUACUAUGCACCUCUGACUUUGUGUCUUUGAGCUGUAACAAUGCUUCCCACCUGCCUGGAUGGAAGGCAGAGAUGGGGGUGGGAGUGUGGGUCAAGACUCUUGCACAAAGGUAAAAUUUGCAUUUGUUGCCCUGCCCACUUUUGCCUCUGGCCCCGCCCACUUCUGGCAUGCAACCCUCAGAAAGUUGCCCAGAAGUGAAUUCAGCCCUCAUGGUGGAGAAGGGCACCCCAACCCCUUCAGCUUAGCACUGCAACCUGAUUUUCUCAGCCUGAAGGUCUGAAAUAGACUCGCUUUUAGCUGUGCCAUCACAGAGACAAUCAGAGUUCAUGGGCGUAGCCAAGAUUUGUUUGGGGGGGAGAGCAGGACACCCACCUGUCACCUUCCUCCGUCUGGUUCCGUCUGUUAGAUUCAGAAUGAAAUGUCUCAAUUUGUUUCAAAUUUUGAUUGUUUUAUAUUACUUUUUGUGACCCCCAGUGCUCAGAAAAAUCUGUCAAAAUCUCCAGUCAUUUGAAAACUAGGAAGUUAAAUAAAAAACAUCAGGGAGUAUAUUUCGCAAAAUUGCAAAGAAUACGCCUUUUUCUUUUCAUUUUUAUUUUUAAAAUCUAAACUAAAACAAGUUUUCUUGGAUUUGCUGAAAACCUUAUCAGCACUUCUUUCUCAGAUUCCUCCUUUUUCCAGUGCAGUUUUUAUGUGCGCACUCAGUAAGCAGAGCCCAUGGAGAUGUUCCCCACAAUGCAAUCGUUUACCUUAGCCAGGUCUUUACUCUCUGCAAAGUACUGAAUGACCGCUCUGGUGGCUGAGCAAGAGAGAUGAGCAGAGCCUUUUUUUGGUGGUAGAGCAUUUCAAUUUCAAGUAUUCAGAUCAUUCCUACUUUUAGUUAAGUAUUUUUUAUUUAUUUACUUGAUUUAGGGUGGCAGACGAGGAAGAGCUGUAGCUCAGUAGCAGAGCAUCUGUUUGCAUGUGGAAGGACCAAGGUUUAAUCCUGAACAGCAUCUCUAGGUUGGGCUGGGAAAUAUUUCCUGCCUGAGACCUUCGAAAGCUUCUGCCAGUCAGGGUAGACAAGACUGACCUAGAUGGACCCAUGAUCUGACUGGGCAAAGGGCCGCUGGCUAGGUUUCCAUGUUCUAAUUUUCACUGUGUGUAAGGACGGAACACUCAAAUAGGGCUAUUGUCAGUCGUAUUUGAGUGAGGUAAAGGGACCCCUGACCAUUAGGUCCAGUUGUGGCCGGCUCUGGGGUUGCGGCACUCAUCUCGCUUUAUUGGCUGAGGGAGCCGGCGUACAGCUUCUGGGUCAUGUGGCCAGCAUGACUAAGCCACUUCUGGUGAACCAGAGCAGCGCACAGAAACGCCGUUUACCUUCCUGCCAGAGUGGUACCUAUUUAUCUACUUGCACUUUGACGUGCUUUCAAAUUGCUAGGUUGGCAGGAGCAGGGACCGAGCAACAGGAGCUCACCCCGUGGCGGGGAUUUGAACCGCCAACCUGAUCAGCAAGUCCUAGGCUCUGUGGUUUAACCCACAGCACCACCUGUGUCCCAUUGAUUUCCUUGGGUGAGCCUAAAUUAUGGUGUUACAUGAGAGGGAGAGGGAAAAAAUACUCUUAUCUCCAUAACACAAACACACACACACACCUUCCCAUUUUAAUUAAGUUAUUCAAAGUUAAAACAAUUGCACUGCAAAAAUAAUUGCACGGCAAGCACUCUGUCUAAAGCCCUGUGUAGGGAAUGAGGAACCGAUGGCCUUCUAGGGGUUGGACUACAACUCCCAUUAUUCCCAGCAGGAUCAAUGGGCAGGCAUGAUGGGAGUUGUAGUCCAGGAACCUUGAGAGGACUACAAGUUCCCCAUCCCCGCUCUAAAAACUAAGAAGGCACCAAACAUUUGCUUUUAUUUCUGUACCACUUAAUAGAUUACAAUAUGUCUCUACAGAAAGCUGAAGCAACAACAGACAACUUAAACAACCAAUAUUACAAAAAAUUCAGUCAUGUAUGAAAAUUUUACAUUAACGCAAAAUUACUAAUAAAUAUGAAACAAAACCAGUUCCUUCUCCUUUAGACAAACCCUCUUCACCUCCUGGCUCUCACCCAGCAUAGGAACCAACUUCUAGGGUCCGAGGGAGCUUCACCCUCCCCAAUAAAAUAUUUGAGAGGGCCCCCCCAAAAAACGUUGAUGGGCAUUGCCAUUCAAGCGGUGUGCGUACACUGUGCCAUGUGAUCGAUUAUGCAGGGUGGGGCUUGCCUGCCCCUCCCCAAUAUUUAAUUCAAGUUGGCACCCCUGUCACCCAGAAUCUGGACAAACUCUCAGCUCCUCCACAAAAGUCUCACCUUGGGAAGAGUUCCUGCAAAUAGCUGACAUCACCGCAGUCUCUCACUCUAGACGUGUGUUUUAUGGCUGCCAUACACUUGGGAUUCGUCUGCUGAAAAUGGCAUCCUGGCUGAAUUUUUUAAAACUGUUUAAAAAGUCUGGAUUUUCACCUUGAAACAUGGCGACCUUAUUUUAUGCACAGGCCCAAGGUUGGUGGAGCACCCACAGGCUGCCUCCAGCUGUAUCCCAUUCAACAGCCACUUUCCAUACCCCGUUCAAUUCUUCUUUAAAUUUAUGUCUAUUCUUUGCUUUUUAAAAAGGGCUAUUCAUUCAUCUGAACUUCCUUGUAUGUGUUUCCUUUGCAGACAGGUGUCUACCUUGCAUAGAGCAGAGUUUGUGAGCUGUGGAACACACACACACACCUGCUAUGCAAAGGAUGAUGUGCCCCUUCCUUUUUAAGCCUCAAACCAGUAAGAUUGAGUCCCAAGAAGGGAAGGAUAUCAACAACAAUAACAACAACAACAGUAGCAGCAGCAUGGAAAAAACAACUGGGAACUUUCACAGGUGAGAGUGCUUCCUUCUCUCCUUCAGUCAUAACCGCAGCAACUUCACCUGGCGAAACUGACAGGCAGUAGAUCCAGGAAAGGUGAAAAAGGAAAUUCCUCUUCCUGCGAUGCAAAAUCGGCAUAAGGAUGUUACUGCUGUGUGAUGGGCUACUGGCUCGGAUUCUUUCAAAGGGUGUCAGAUAUAUUCCCAAGUAGGGCCUGCGGUGCGAAAUGCAAUGUUUAGGGCUCCAGCCAGCCACACCCUUUUCAGAACACUCCAUGCCAGCCUGCCAGCCAUGACCUUUUUCAAGACACUCCAUUCCAUUUCCUUGUCGUGGUUUACCUUGCUUCCGCAGUCAAGUCAGCAUUCCCUGGCUGUUGAGUUUGCUCACUGAGCUCUUUGGGGCUGAUGGUUAUUUUGUUCUCAGCUUUCCCCAUUCUUUUUUUUAAAAAAAUACGUCUCCAAACCUGUAGAUGCCACCUUCUUGUCCCUAGAUAGUACUGUCCAGAUGCAUAAGGCCCAGCAGUCAAGAGAACUGAAUUCGCUGUUGGUCUAUAUCAAAGGUGGCCAAAGUGGUGAUUGCAGCCAGCCAGCAUAAAUAAAUGAAUAAAUGCUAAUAGAACCUCCAUGUUCAAUGGAAGUGUGCCUCUGAAAGCCAGGAGGAGUUGCCUGCGUGUGAGUUUUCUUAAAGCAUCUGACUGGCUGCCAUGGGGUGGAGGAGAACAGACUCAAUGGAGCCUCUUCGUCUGAUCCACCAAGAUGCUUGUCUAUUUCCUUCCUCCUUGAAGAGUAGGAGCCGAUGGUGGGGGAAAGCAAGUCCCAGGCAAUGCCCAAGCAGAACUUCCCAAUAAACCUUGAGAAGAGCAGCUGUUUCUUUGGAUCACACUGGUGCAAUGGGUACUUUUUAUCUUUCUGACUCCUGCGCAGUGAUGACAUCAGAUGAAGGUGUUGUAUCUGAUGCAUCAGACAAAAGAGGGCUCCAAAGUGUGGCUAGCCUUUAAAGUUUAUAGAAUCAUAGAACUGUAGAGUUGGAAGGGACCCUGAGGGUCAUCUAGUCCAACCCCAUGCAAUGCAGGAAACUCAGCUGAAGCAUCCAUGACAGAUGGCCAUCCAGCCUCUGCUUAAAAGCUUCCAAGGAAGGAGAGCCCACCGCCUCCCAAGGGAGACCGUUCCACUGACAAACACCUCUCAGAAAGUUUUUCCUGAUGUUUAGUUGGAGUCUCCUUUCUUGGAGCUUGCAGCCAUGGGUUCGAGUGCUACCUUCCAGAGCAGAAGAAAACAAGUUUGUUCCCUCUUCCAUGUGACAGCCCUUGAGAUACCGUAUUUUUUGCUCUAUAAGACUCACUUUUUCCCUCCUAAAAAGUAAGGGGAAAUGUGUGUGCGUCUUAUGGAGCGAAUGCAGGCUGCGCAGCUAUCCCAGAAGCCAGAACAGCAAGAGGGAUUUCACUGUGCAGCAAUCCCUCUUGCUGUUCUGGCUUCUGAGAUUCAGAAUAUAUUUUUUCUUGUUUUCCUCCUCCAAAAACUAGGUGCAUCUUAUAGUCUGGUGCGUCUUAUAGAGCGAAAAAUACGGUAUUUGAAGAUGGCUAUCGUAUCUCCUCUCAGUCUCCCCUUUUUCAGGCUAAACAUAACCAGCUCCUUCAACCGUUCCUCAUCAGGCUUGGCUUCCAGACCCUCGAUCUCUUUGUGUGUGUUUGCAGUAACAGACCAACACAACUGGCUCUCUAAUUUGCCAGCAAACGCAUCCACCAAGCAGAUCUCUUAUCAUAGGAGUCACCCACCCCGACUCAAGGACAGAAGGAUGCAUCGAUUUUGGUUCUCCCAGUUUCUCCUACAUUGGGGAUUGAACCUGGGUCUUUCUGCCUGCCAAGCAGCUGUCCAGCCGUUGAGCUACAGGCAGACCUUCCAUAAAUAGUCUCCUGAUCUCCAGCCAGCAUCAAAGUGAAAAGGAAGAGAGAAGAGUUCAGGAGUCAUCAUUAUACAGGAAACCAAUUCUAUGCAGGAAAUCCAGUUAUUUUCCUAACGAGCUGUCAGUCCUCACUUGUUUUCAGAAGCUUUCCUCCAGCGAAUUCCCCAAAGCAGUCAGUUCUGUCCAGCACUUUCCCUCCCUUUGUUUUGCUGCUAUAACUAGCCUGCUGCAAGAUUAUAUUUGAAGCUGGUUGACGUGGGUCCUUUGUUUUACUCCUUGGGUGGCUCCUGAUCACAGCCAGCACCCCCUGGGAAUCUCCUGCUUAAACUUCCCAAUUUAACCCAAGCUUGGGAACCUUUCCCUGUUUACCAAAGUGGUACAGUACCAGCCUUGGCCACCCCAGAGUCCUCCCAAUGCGGUGUUCUUCUAGCUUUAUUCCUUUUGCACAUUUGCAAGCUGCUUUACAGCCUGAGGCCACUGAAGCAAGACCCAAUACAAAUGUUUGGGGUAGGGCCAUAGCCCAGAGACAGAGAACUUGCUCUGCAAUUAGAAGGUUCGAAUCCCAACGCCACCUCCAAAGAGUACUUGGGAUGCCCUCUGUCUUCAACCCUUUGCUGCCAGUCAGUGUGGACAGUACUGAGCUGGAUGGACUCUACGGUCUGACUUGGUAAAGGUAAAGGUAAAGGGACCCCUGACCAUUAGGUCCAGUCGUGGCCGACUCUGGGGUUGUGGCGCUCAUCUCGUUUUAUUGGCCGAGGGAGCCGGCAUACAGCUUCUGGGUCAUGUGGCCAGCAUGACUAAGCUGCUUCUGGCGAACCAGAGCAGCGCACAGAAACGCCGUUUACCUUCCCGCCGGAGUGGUACCUAUUUAUCUACUUGCACUUUGACGUGCUUUCGAACUGCUAGGGUGGCAGGAGCAGGGACCAAGCAACGGGAGCUCACCCCGUCGUGGGGAUUCGAACCGCCAAUCUUCUGAUCAGCAAGGCCCAGGCUCUGUGGUUUGAUCCACAGUGCCACCUAAAUUCUAAAAACAACUAAAGCUGAAUUCCGUAAAGCAACAGCUGUUCCUAUACUCUCCAACAUUUCCCCGAUGAAAACAGGGACGUCCUAAGGAAAAGUGGGACGUUCUGGGAUCAAAUCAGAAACCGGGACGGCUUCUGUAAAUCUGGGACUGUCCCUGGAGAACAGGGACACUGUGAGGGUCUGUGUUCCUACAGAUGUACAAUUAAUAUACCAUAAAUGACCUGGCCACACCUCGGGGGAAGCCUAAACAAAACGGUCUUCCAUAGAUGCCUAACUAUCAGACACUUAGUGCCUGCUGGAUUUCAGCAGGUAACUGAUUCCAGAGGGUUGGAGCUGCAGUGCUAAAAGCCUAGUUUCUAGUGCAUACCACUAAUAAUAAUAAUUUUAUUAUUUAUACCCCACUCAUCUGUCUGGUUGCCCCAGCCACUCUGGGUGGCUUCCAACAUAUAUAAAAGCCUUCAGAUAUCUUCUUAAAAAACAGAUGUUCUGGACUACAAAGCAGUCAGGACUUCUGGGCAGGACUGUUUCCCAGUAUAUCUGUGCCAAGAUGCCAAGAUACUAAAGGCUGGCUUUUAGCGACAUUCCCCCCCCCCCAUCCCUGACUCUUAUGAAAUCAAUUCCUCCUUGUUCUUACAGCCUGGCAAAACGAGAAGUCGCCUCGUUAAAUGGUCUAAGCAAGAAACCUGACGUGAUCACUGUAACGGCAAGAGAGGUGAGUUUAAAUUUGGGGUGCCCUUAUUCCAAAGGGCGUAAGACGUUACAGCCUCGAUGCCCUAUGUAUGGUGAUUUGGGGGAUGUGAUGCAUAGAGUGUCUGACUAGGAUUUGAGUGGCCCAGGUUCUCAUUCCUGCUGGGCAGAGAAGCCCAAGGAGUGACCCACUUACCCUUAGCCUAAACAACCUCGCAGGGCUGUUGAGAGGAUAACACGGGAGGCAUGAGCCAGGUACGCCAGCUUUUUGGGGAGACGGGCUGUUGUUCAGUGGGAGAGCGCAUGGCUUGGGCUCAAUCUCUGGCUUGGAUUGGGAAAUUCUUUUCCCUAAAACCCUGCAGAGCCUCUGUCAGCCAGUGUAGACACUUCUGAGCUAGAUGGACCAAUGAUCUUGUUCAGUACAAGGCAAUUUAGAAAGAAUAUAAUUGCAGAGUCGGAAGGGACCCCGAGGGACAUCUAGUCCAGCCCCCGCAAUGCAGGAAUCUCAAUGAAAGCAUCCAUGUUAGCGGGCUUCUAGGAUAUGUUUCCUUUGGAAAGAGGUCGCUGGGAACUUAGCAGCAUUUUUUGGUUGGUUUUUCCACAUACAGGUUGAGCACAGGAGGAGAUUCACAGCACCAGUCACCCAAAAGACACCCUAAACUCUUCCAGAGCUUGGGCUGGUCACGCACUCCUAAUCUAACCUAUCUCACAGGGUUGUUGUGAGGAUAAAAUGGGGAAAAACCAUAUGCUACCCUUCAUCUUCGUUCAAGAGCUCCUGAUAGCUCCAUCAGUAGAGCACAAGACUCUUAAUAUCAGGGUGGUGGGUUUGAGCCCCACGUUGGGCAAAAAGAUUCCUGCAUUGCAGGGGGUUGGACUAGAUGACCCUUGUGGUCCCUUCAAACUCUCCAAUUCUCCUUCCAUCUCCUUGGAGGAAAGUUGGGAUGUAAAUUAAAUAAGUAUAUAAAGGUAAAGGGACCCCUGACCAUUAGGUCCAGUCGUGACUGACUCAGGGGUUGCGGCGCUCAACUCGCUUUAUUGGCUGAGGGAGCCGGCGUACAGCUUCCAGGUCAUGUGGCCAGCAUGACUAAGCCGCUUCUGGCGAACCAGAGCAGCACACUGAAAUGCCGUUUACCUUCCUGCCAGAGCGGUACCUAUUUAUCUACUUGCACUUUGACGUGCUUUCGAACUGCUAGGUUGGCAGGAGCAGGGACCGAGCAACGGGAGCUCACCCUGUCGCGGGGAUUCGAACCGCCGACCUUCUGAUCGGCAAGUCCUAGGCUCUGUGGUUUAACCCACAGCGCCACCCAUGUCCCUCAAAUAAGUAUAUACAUCAAUACAUUUAGCUCUCUCUUCCUCUCGCUCCGCUGCCUUGCCUUUCCUGACUCUCACUUCAACUCGUCAAGCUCCUUUCUUUAAAAGCAUGACACCGUAAUUUAUUUUGUGUUUUUGCUUCCUUUCCUGAACAGAAACAUUCCCCAAAUGGUACCAAGCAAACGUCCCGGUGCCCGAGGCAUUUAAACAUCAAAAACUGGGAAACUGGGAGCAGCCUUCAAGACGCAUUGCACUAUCAGGCCAAAGAGGUAACACAAUAGAGAGCUAUAUGGAUUUUUUGUGGAUGCUCAUUCCACCUGUGGGCCAGGGAAACCAAUGCAAUCUAGGACCACAUUGUCAGCAGUGGGCAGGGCUAAAGCCCAAAGUGGGUGGAGCCCAGAGCCCACCCCCACUUUGCCUGUCUGUCACUCCAUGAGGCUGCUUUCUUGUGCUAUGUGACAGGUGCAAAGCCUUGCUCCAGAGAUUGGUGACAUAACUGAUGGGAGGGCCUUGGCUGGGUCACUUUGUGUUGGGGAUGGGGAGACUCCUAUCCCGUUAGGGGCAAUGGGGCAGUGCCCCACCUCUCUCAGUCUGCCAUCGGCUAGCCCACACUUGCCUCACUUAGAGCCAGUCCAGGGGGAUCAUGGCCCUGUGUGUCAGCUUCUCCGGGAGGCAGAAUGGAAUGGCAUGGAAUCGCUUUGGAGAGGGACUUGGCUGGUUUGAAUUCUGAAAGGGAGCCCUUCACAUGUUGUGGCAGCAUGUGCCUCUUUAAGAAUGGGAAUUGUAAUGUUGCAAAUGUACUCGGGAUCCCGACAGCUUCCCUCCACGCUUUAUCCACCUGUUUCUCUCUCCCUCUUGCUGUUAUGUUCGCUUCAGGUUCUUCACUGCAGGACCAAGGUGUGCCAGGGAUCUGUCAUGAACCCCAAAGGUUUGGUCAGAGGUCCCCGCAACGGGCUCACCCUGAGAGAUGAAUUAUUACCUCAAGCAAUAGAGUUCAUCAACCUGUUUUACAAAUCCUUUAAAGAGUGAGUGGUUGUUGUUGUUGUUGUUUUGAUCCUGCCUUUCAGACAUCCUUUCCAUUGUUCAUUCACAAGGAUUUGUGCUCCUAAACGUCUCGUGGAACUUAUAUCAGUCCCACUUUCAAAGCUCAAACUGCAUCACUACUAGUCGCUGGACACCCUGUAGCUCCCGGCUCAGAUCCUUAACUUUUUAUGCCACAAAUGCUUUAUUUUAUUUUAGUCCCGCUUUUGUUGCGCCGUCACACAAGAGUGCCCCACCAGAGGGCGAUAAUAAUUUGCUAACUUACAUACCACUUCUAUAUAACUGCCCUGAUACCAUCACACAAAAAACGAAAACAAAUCAUCAUCAAAAAAGGAUGUCUGGAGUAUUUGCUACGUCUUUGCUGAACCCCUGAUCUAUUUUGUGUUUGAGGAACGUUAUUAAUGACUGGUAGUUCCUCAAAGUUGGUGGGAGGAGAUGAACCCAGGUUUUCUUACUGGUUCCCAAGGCUGAGCUUUCAAUCAUCUCUCCUGCUCCCAAUUAUCUCCAUGAGUGAUCCAGGUGGCUUUAAAAAAUAAUAAUGAAAAACUGGAGUAAUAUAAAUCGACCAUCUUCCUUCCACCAAUUAAUUUUUAUGAAAGCAGUUUCUAAUAUCCAAGAUCAUUCUCAUGCCCUGCUGAUUGCUUCUGAGUCAUUCCCCCCCCCCAAAUUAAAGCUAACAAGCUUCUUCUUUCAUGGUGUCUUUUGCUGUAAUGAAUAUUGGCAGCCAUCAAAGAAAACCAUGAAAGUUCACUUCCCAGUUUGGGAUAAGGGGAGGGGGGUCCUCUCGUCUCUGGGGUCUUUCCUGGAGAAUUCCUUGUGCACCCAGCUGCAUAUGGCUAUUCUUGCCCUCUCCUCAUUGGAUUACAUCAGCUCAAAGUGUUGCUACUCAUUGUUUGCUGUUUCCUCUCCCACUCCACCUGCCAGGCCCAAAAUAGAAGAGCACCUCGCGCGCCUUGAAACUGUGGCCCAAGAGAUAGAAACAACAGGAACCUACCAGAUGACUGAGGAAGAGCUCAUCUUUGCCACCAAGCAGGCCUGGAGAAAUGCUCCCAGGUGCAUUGGGAGAAUCCAGUGGUCCAAUUUAAAGGUGAUUGGUUUGUCUGCAGUCGUGGGCUGGUGCGCAUUGGGACUGGCAGGGCGGAAGGCAGGCAGGACCUAAUAAUUCCUGCUGAGUUCUUCCAGGGCAGCAAUGAGACAAGGGUGGCUGGAGGAAGCUGGAAGUCACCUGGGCUGCCCCCAGGACUGACUGUGUGUUGUCUGCCUGAGGGUAGACUGUGUUCACGCGAGGCAGCUGCCAUUCCAAUUUCUUCCUUUGCUUACUUGCAUGCAGCUGACAGUGACAAAUGCACAACCAACGAGCAGGACAAUUUGCAAUAUAAAAGGCAAAACAGUUGCAGUUAUCGCUGGCGGUGUCGAUAACACAUUAAAGUCUAUGAGUAGGUUCUGAAGGACUGCCGUCACUCAUAUGGACGUGGUUUAAUAAUCUACCCCUUUUCCCAGGGAACUCCAGGAAUUGUAACUCUGUGAGAGGGAAAAGGGGUCUCCUCACAAGUCUCAGCACCCAUAGCAAACUACAGUUCCCGGGGUUCUAUGUGGAAAGACAUGAGUGUUAGAUAUUAUACCGCUCAGCCAUCCCAAUGUAAGCAGAGCAUCUUGCAAUUACAGAAGUCAUCCUGGCUUCAGAUUUGACCCUGAAAUGUCCUGUUUUUUGGUCCAGCGCUCUGGCAUGAGUCAGCUGGUUCCUGUAAGAGCUCAGGAUGAAAAAAAAGAGCAUCUCAAUUUGUAUCACUCAUAUAUUGGAGGGAAUGACCUAUAAGAGUGCUUUUAAAUGCACAGACAUGGCCUUAUAGGUCAUGAGAGCCAGUGUGGUGUAGUGGUUAAGAGCAGUGGACUCAUAAUCUGGUGAACCGGGUUCGCUUCACCGCUCCUCCACAUGCAGCUGCUGGGUGACCUUGGGCCAGUCACACUUCUUUGAAGUCUCUCAGCCCCACUCACCUCACAGUGUUUAUUGUGGGGGAAGAAGGGAAAGGAGAACAUUAGCCGCUUUGAGACUCUUUUGGGUAGUGAUAAAGCGGGAUAUCAAAUCCAAACUCCUCCUCCUCCUCCUCCUCCUCCUCCUCCUCCUCCUCCUCCUCCUCCUCCUCUUCUUCUUCUUCUUCUUCUUCUUCUUCUUCUUCUUCGUCUCCUCUAAGGUUGCCACCAUCUUCCUUUCACUGCCUUCUGAAUUGUGUUGGAAAGCUAAUUGACUUUGGUCAUUGUUCCCAAAUGUUGUUGCCUUUUAGGUCUUUGAUGCCCGCAGCUGUACAACUGCCAAGGAGAUGUUUCAGCACAUAUGCCGCCAUUUGGAGUAUUCCACCAAUGGAGGGAAUAUAAGGUAUGAGCUCUUUUUCCUUUCGUCCCACUUGGGUCCUUAAGAAAUUAAGGAGCUGGUUGGCAUUCACUCUGUCUCUUGCAACAGAUCUGCCAUCACUGUCUUUCCCCAGAGGACAGAUGGGACACAUGACUUCCGGAUAUGGAACAGCCAACUCAUCCGAUAUGCUGGGUACCCAAUGCCAGAUGGCUCCAUUGUGGGCGACCCAGCCAAUGUGGAGUUUACACAGGUAUGCGGGGAGAAACCAGGCACCACCAAAAUAUCGAAACAAUAGCUGUCUAUUAGCCUUUUGACAAAGCUGGCAGUGAUCUUGGAAGACAGCUUGCAGCAGACAGUCACUUCCUAUUAAUGGCUACUUUAAAAAAAAUAAAAUUAUUAAGCAAUUUCAACAUAACAAAUUAUCAAAUCAUAUAAUCACAUACAUUAUUUCCCUCCUUUUUUCCCAGCUACCCUUCCAUCCCCCUCCAAGGACUUCCCUCAGCUCCUCUCUCUGAUUUCUCUGCACAUAUUAUUCUCUGCAUGUUAUAAAAUUAUACAUAUCCUUGCGUUGUCUAUCUAUCAUGUUAUCAACCAAUAAAUUUGUGUAUGUUUAUUCAAAACCUGCCAAGGAGUCCAGUUCAUUUUGUUGCCUUUUUAGAUAAUUUGUAAAAAGUUCCCAUUCUUCCUUCAAGUCACAGUUGUCCUUGUCCCUCAGUUUGUAUGUCAAUUUAGCCAGUUCUGCAUAGCUCAUCAAUUUUUCUUGCCACUGUUCUUUCAUUGGGAUUUCCUCAUUCUUCCAUCCUUGUGUUAUCAAGACUCUUGCCGCUGUUGUUCUUCCUAUUAAUGGCUACUGAUGGCUGUCUUCUGCCUCCACUGAGAUCCAGUACUGAGGGCCUUCUGGCAGUUCCCUCACUGCGAAAAGUGAGGGAAAAUCAGGCAGAGGGUCUUCUUGGUAGCGGCACCUGCCCUGGGGAACACCCUCCCAUCAGAUGUCAAACCUAUAAGCAACUAUCUGACAUCUGAAGGCAGCCCUGUAUAGGGGAGUUUUUAAUGUUUGAUGUUUUGUUUUGUCCCUUUAUAUUUUGUGGGAAGCUGCCCAGAGUGGCUGGGGUAAUAAGUCAUAAAUUGUUAUUGUUAAACUGGAGUCUGCUCUGCCAGUCAUUGGCUCUGGCGCCACCUACUGUUGGCCUCCCUGCGUUCCAUCCCACCACUCCCAUUUUGCGUAAGGCACUGCUGGCUCUUCAGGAGCAUCCAAGGAGUUAAGUCUCUCUCUUUUUGCUUUGGCCAGAAGAGGGGGAAACAAACCCAGCUCACCUCCUUUCUUUCGCUUCUCUCAGCUGUGCAUCCAGCUUGGUUGGAAGCCCAAGUAUGGCCGCUUUGAUGUGGUUCCACUGAUCCUCCAAGCCGAUGGCCAAGACCCGGAACUGUUUGAGCUGCCGCCAGAACUUGUCCUUGAAGUAUCUAUGGAGCAUCCCACGUAGGUGCCUUGGCUUCAGAUGACAGCGGCCGGGACCUGCUCUUGACGGGCGGGCAGGCCGUUGCUGAAGAGAGGCUAUUAUUUGGGGCUUCGUGUGCUGGGGGGUUGAUCUGUUGGCUUCUGCCGGAGCAAAAUUACAUCGAAUAACGGUGCUUCCAGGCUGUUUCCAUUUGGGGGGCAGAAUCCUGCAAUUUCAGGAUGCCCCAAUAGAGUUGGUUGGGAGGUCUUGUGCAAGAAACCCACUUCCCUGAAAUGUCAGACUUUGGGGAAUAAAUAAGGUGAGGAGAAAAUGCACAUGAAAGUGUCAGUUGACCUUUUAACUCAGCAUCAUUUAACCUCCCCGCAAACAAUUCAGAAGGAAAGUUUAAUAAGCAAUGGAAACACCCUUGGAUUGGCAUGUCUUCCCAAAUAUAUUUUGUUCUGCUGCAAGUCUUGGGGUUCUCCUGAGCUUGCUGUCACCUUCCUUUUGCACAUGGAUGCAGAGGAAUCUGCCUUAUAUUGAGCCAAUAUACAUCUAGCUCAUUAUUGUCUACCCUGCCGGGCAGCAAUUCCUCCAGGUUUUCAGGCAAGGGUUUCUCCCAGCUGUAUCUGGAAAUGCCAGAUGUUGGAUCUGGGACCUUUGUUGUACUCUACCACUGAGUUAAACCACAGAGCCUAGGACUUGCCGAUCAGAAGGUCGGCGGUUCAAAUCCCCGCGACGGGGUGAGCUCCCGUUGCUUGGUCCCUGCUGCUGCCAACCUAGCAGUUCAAAAGCACGUCAAAGUGCAAGUAGAGAAAUAGGUACCGCUCUGGAGGGAAGGUAAAUGGUGUUUCCGUGCACUGCUCUGGUUCGCCAGAAGCGGCUUAGUCAUGCUGGCCACAUGACCCGGAAGCUGUACACCGGCUCCCUCGGCCAAUAAAGUAAGUUGAGCGCCGCAACCCCAGAGUCGGCCACGACUGGACCUAAUGGUCAGGGUCCCUUUACCUUUACCUUUACCACUGAGUUACGGGCCAUCCCAAUGGAUGGUGCUGUGUUGGCUACAUAAACCACAGCACUCACUUCUGAGCAGCCAUACGGAGUGGUGGAAUUUCGUUCGGUUUCCCUUUCCCCUGCAGAUACGAAUGGUUUAAAGAACUGGACCUGAAAUGGUACGCCGUUCCUGCUGUCUCAAACAUGCUCCUUGAGUGUGGAGGACUGGAGUUCACAGCUUGCCCUUUCAAUGGUUGGUACAUGGGGACCGAGAUCGGGGUACGAGACUUCUGCGAUGCACAGCGCUACAAUAUCCUUCAGGUACUCUCUUUUUAAAAUAAUAACAAUAAAGUGGUUUGAGUGGCAACACAUUCCAAACUGAUAUCUGACUGACUCAUAUUCCUCCUUCCCUUUCCCAUGCCUCUCCCCCCCACCCCGAAAUGCUUGUUUUUUUGCUUUUUAAAUCGGAAGUUCUUUGGAUACAGGGACCUAUCUGCUUCCGCUUCAGAAUGAAAUGCUGUUAAGCACAUGCACCCUGAUCAAUAGAGAGUGCAUUAUUGUCAGGGAUGGAGUCAACAAAGCAAUAGUUCAUCCGAGGCCAGCAAAGAUACAGAGGUACCUCGGGCUAAGAACUUAAUUUGUUCUGGAGGUCCAUUCUUAGCCUGAAACUGUUCUUAACCUGAAGCACCACUUUAGCUAAUGGGGCCUCCUGCUGCCGCUGCGCUGCCAGAGCACGAUUUCUGUUCUCAUCCUGAAGCAAAGUUCUUAACCCGAGGUACUAUUUCUGGGUUAGCAGAGUCUGUAACCUGAAGCAUCUGUAACCCAAGGUACCACUGUAAUGCUUUGUUCAAGGAAACAACCACAGCUCAGGCCUAGUGGUCUCAGCAACUCUUCUCAGUAUGUCUUGCCUCGAUGAUGCCGUUGCCAGGACUGAAGGUCUCCACCUUCCCAGGGCCCACUAGAACUCCUCCUCUCCAAGGUCUUUCCCACACAGUCUCAGGCUGCUUCUGUACAUGUCCACCCUCUGUCCAUUUCAUUUCUCUGUGCUACCCAGGGGGCUUGGGAAGUGAGCCAUGGUGGAGAUGGUGGGGCUCUCAGGACUACCACCAGUGGUCUGGUGGAUGUUGACUGCAGGCAGCCUGCCCAGGUGCCAUUGAUGAGGAACGCACCCAUGUCACUCUCAACAAUCCACAGGUCCGUUCCCACUUGAGGAAGUCUGUGACAAGCCUGUCCCUCUGCAGUGGCGAGUCGCGGCUGCACUCUGCGCAGAGGCUGAAAGAAACCACCUUGAUGCCAAGCCAAACCACUGAUUGGCUGAUGGACGCAUUCUUGUAAACAUCGUUCGUUUGGCGAACUGCAUCAUAAAGUUUGGAUAAGUGCAGAUUCGGAAGGAUAGCUGCGUUUCGGUUUGCACAUUGUUUAACGUUGUUAAAUGCACGUUGUGCGUUUGAUCAAUUUGGCUUCCAGUGAGACCUGGACCAAAUUUCUCCUCCAUCUCUAUUGGCAGCCCUAUAGAGGGCUACUGUGCGGACGUUGCUAAGGACUCCUCCUGUUCAGUUUGCACUGGAGGAAAGAGCAGCUCCUCCCCUUCAGCAGUUGGAAUGUUAGUGAAUAUUCUGUAGCACUACAGCAUUUCUGUAAUUGGAUGAUGGUAGUUCACAGCAGCCUUCCGCAGCUUGGUGGCCUCCAGACUCCAACUCCCAUCAGCCUCUGCCAGCAAAACCAAUCGUUGGGAAUUGUGAGAGUUGUUGUCUAAAGCAUGUGGUGGGUGCCAUCUUGGCGAAGGGCUGCUCUUAGAUGGUUUACUGACAAGGCCAUUCCUCUGGUGUGGUGAUGAGGGUCCUUGAAGUCCAGAAGGUGGAAUUGUUAUUUUUUCAUCUAUUCCUUGUUCGUAGGAUGUAGGGAGGCGGAUGGGCCUGGAAACAAACAAGCUCUCUUCCCUGUGGAAAGACAAAGCUGUGAUAGAAGUAAAUGUGGCCGUGCUGCAUAGCUUUCAGGUGAGUGGGAGCAGGGGGAGAGGAGGGGAACGGCUGUGACUCAGUGGGUAGAGUCCAGGCUUUGCACACAGAAGGUCCUAGGUUCAAUCUCAGACAAUCUCCAUCUUCAAAAGAGCAGGUGAUGGGGGCAGCACUAUUCCUGAGACCUUGGAGAGCCCAGCCAGUCAGAUCAGGUUACACCAGGCAAAAUGGACAACUGGUCUGGCCAAGUCUAAGGCAGCAUCCUAUUUAGGGAGGGGUUGUGGCUCAGGUGCAGAACAUCUGCCUUGCAUGUCAGUGGUCCCAGAUUCAGUCUCCAGCAACAGAUAUCUUUACAGGCAGUUGUGCAAGGUUAGCAGAUUUGAGGAGGUGGUGUUUGUGCCUACCUGGUACCUGUGCUGAGUCGGCUCUCAGCUGCCUCACUGGUCCAUAACCUCUCCCUGUAAGCAAAUCCAGAUGAAUGUUCAACGGGCUGCCAUACGUCUGGAUUCAUUUUGCGAAAAAAGCUCAACAACUCUUGUGUCCGGAUUUUUACUUUUUGAAAUACGGCAACCCUACAUAAAGUCUGCAGACUGUAUGGGCAAACAAAUCAGGAUGAAUGCUCAAUAAGCAGGUUGUUUGGAAGUAGGAAUAAGCCCUUGUUUUCUGCUCUGCCCUGUAUUAGUCUCACGCUGCACUGCUUCCGCUCUGCUGCAAUUCAUCUCCCUCCCCAAAAAGUUGUUCGUGAUUACAUAAGUUACACAAUUUACAUAAAUUAAUUGCAUAAGUUGUGUCAUUACAUAAGCUAUGUAAUUUAGCCGCAGCUAUGUCAUUUAUGAAAGGAUGCAGGUGGCGCUGUGGGUUAAACCACAGAGCCUAAGGCUUGUCGAUCAGAAGGUCGGUGGUUCGAAUCCCUGCGACGGGGUGAGCUCCCGUUGCUCGGUCCCUGCUCCUGCCAACCUAGCAGUUCGAAAGCACGUCAAAGUGCAAGUAGAUAAACAGGUACCGCUCCGGCGGGAAAGUAAACGGCGUUUCUGUGCACUGCUCUGGUUCGCCAGAAGCGGCUUAGGCACGCUGGCCACAUGACCUGGAAGCUGUACGCUGGCUCCCUCGGCCAAUAAAGCGAGAUGAGCGCCGCAACCCCACAGUCAGCCACGACUGGACCUAAUGGUCAGGGGUCCUUUUACCUAUGUCAUUUAUGUAAACAAUGAUGUAAUUUAUGUAAUUAUUGACAUACAUUACAUUGUCGUUUCAUUAUUCUAUCCCAUUUGUUUCAGUGCAAUGGAAAUGCAAUGCAAAUUGGGUGUGUGUGUGUGUAAUCAGUUACAUAUCAUUGGCAGACUGGAAGCAACAGCAGUGAAUAAUACUGACGGUAUUUGCAAGAUUGAUUUCCAUUCCAGAAAUGGGAUGAAUAGGCAAACUUCAGCAAUUUCCGCUCCUGUUUAAUCAGUGGCGUAGUGUGGGUUGUCAGCACCCGGGGCAAGGCAAGUAAUUUGCGCCCCUUAACCCGUGGAUUUUAGCAGGGGGCAGAGAGCUGCGAGUGCGAGCGCGCCCCCCCCAGAUGUUGCACCCGGUGCGGCCGGCCCCCCCUGCACCCCCCACGCUACGCCACUGUGUUUAAUGCUUUCACGGGAAUUCUCUGACGUCCCUCUCUUAGAAGUGACUAGUGAGAGCUUGUGUGUUUCUUCCAGAAACAAAAUGUCACCAUCAUGGACCAUCAUUCUGCUGCCGAGUCGUUCAUGAAAUACAUGCAGAACGAGUACCGGAUUCGAGGAGGGUGCCCAGCUGACUGGGUUUGGCUGGUGCCUCCCAUCUCGGCCAGCAUUACACCUCUGUUCCACCAGGAGAUGCUGAACUACAUCCUCUCCCCUUUCUAUUAUUACCAGGUGAGCAAAACAAUCUCAAGUCUAAGCGGCCAGGGGUGGGGCCUUACUUGGGGGUUUCCCAUAGGGGCAUCUGGUUGGACCCGAACCCAUAGAUUUAAAUUACAAUAAAGAAGAUUAUGACUAAAUUUUGGGGAUAGCUUUCCGGGUGUAAGAGCUGUUCGACAGCAGAAUGGGCUCCUUCAGAAGGUGGUUGACGCUCCUUCACUGGAGGUUUUUGAACAGAGGUUGGACAGCCAUCAGUCAGAGAUUCUUUGGCUAUGAUUCCUUCAUUGCAGGGGUCCCUUGGGGUCCCUUCCAGCUCUACAGUUCUCUGAUUCUAGGGUGCUAGGAUAGAUCCAAUCACUGACCUCUCCUGUUUCAUCUGCCCCACACCUGAUGUCCUAUAUGAUAGGUAGGGCUUGGCCAAAAUGGCCGGAGGUUUCCCACCAGAGUUGUUGUUGUUGGUUCAUAUUUUUUAAGUUUAUUUGUCACCUUCUGUGGAAAGAAAGCCAGCCCAACCUCCUCUUAAAAUAUCCAACUUUCUCCCCACUUAAGGUAGAAGCAUGGAAAACGCAUAUCUGGAAAGACGAAGGGCGCAAGCCACGGAAAAGAGAGAUAAGAUUCCGCAUCUGGGCCAGGUAUGUUUCCAGGAGAAAAGUUGUUGCCAUGUCUGCGGUGUGUAGGUAGUUUUGGAGAGGCCCCCCCCCCGAUGCAGUGAAAGAAUGUGUUUUGGGAGUCACAGGAACAAGCUUCGCUGCCAUCCUGCACACCCAGUUAUGUCCACUGUCUGCACAUUCAGAGUGGGAUGGAUGUGUAGCUAACUUUACACUCCCCUUUUUGAAAAGCUUUCCGCUCCAAGUCUAAGGUUUAAAACUAAGGACAUGCCAGAAUGGAAGGCAGGGUAGGCCUUGAAGUUGUCCCUCAAGGGUUAACAGCCGUUCCUCGUCUAUUAUGUUAUGCCAUGAUAACACAGAGGCAUUUUUUCCCCCAGUGGUAGCAUCAGUGUUGUGGAAUAUCUCCCUUGCUGAAGCGCAGAAAGCCUCAUCAGUAUUGGCAUUCCACUAGCUCUUGGAAACACACCUAUUUAGACUAGUGUUUUCCUGAUCACCUGACUCUCCUGCUUUGAUGGUUAUUUCAACUUUAACGCUUUAACAGGCUUGCAUCCAACUCAGAGUAGACCCAUUGAAAGUAACAGACCCAAGUUCUUCAUGUUCAUUAUUUUCAGUGGGUCUGCUCCAAGUAAUACUAGCAUUGGACACCACCCUGGGUUUCUUUAUAAUAUAUCUUUUAAUUACGGGUGCUUUUAAUGCAGUUGUUUUGCUGUGUGUUGUAAUUAUGGGCAGUUGCAUUUUUAGAAUGGGCUUGAUUCUUGCUGUGUUGUGGUUGGCUUUUACAGUCGUACCUUGGAAGUCGAACAGAACCCUUUCCAGAAGUCCUUUCGACUUCCAAAACGUUCAACUUCCAAAGCAUGGCUUCUGAUUGGCUGCAGGAAGCUCCUGCAGCCAAUCGGAAGCUGCAGAAGCCCCGUCGGAUGUUCGGCUUCCAGAAGAACGUACGGAAACUGGAACAGUCACUUCCGGGUUCCGAUCGUUCGGUAGCCAAAACGUUUGAGAACUAGGCUGUUCCAAAAACAAGGUACGACUGUAUUCACUCAUGAAACUUCUUGAAAUGAAAGAUGGCACAUAAAUCCUGUUGACGUUAUUCAUCAUAAUAUUAUUUAUUAAUUAGAGCUAUUAAUUAUUAAUGAAUUAAAUCGACAAGUAAUCUACCGCUCCUCAUUUCCCAGGGCUGUGCUUUUUGCAUCGUCGCUCAUGCGGAGAGCCACAGCGGGCAGGAUCAAAGCGACUGUCCUGUACGCGACGGAAACAGGAAGAUCAGAAACGCUGGCGCGGAACCUUGGUGACCUCUUCAACUGUGCUUUCAACACCAGGGUAAGAGGCUUCUUGGGAUAGCUCAGUCAGCAGAGCAUGAGACUCUCAAUCUCAAGGUUGUGGGUUUGAGCCCCACGCUGGGCAAAAUAUCUCUGCAUUCCAGGAGGGGUUCGACUAGAUGGCCCUUGAGGUCCCUUCCAACUUUACAGUUCCAUGACCUUUAAUAUAUUUUUCCUGUGAGCGGAGAGUAGCAUUAUAACUACAUCAGAAUGUAAGAAAAGGCCCUGCUGCGUUUGGCCAAUGGCCCAUCUCGUCCAGCAUCCUGUUCUAACAGUGGCUGAACUGUGGGAAACCAGCAAACAGGAUUUAACCACAAGAGCAUUUUCCCCUCCUGGGGGUUCCCAGCAGGAGAAAUGUGAUUCAGUUUGCAUUUAAAGGUGAACGUACCUCUGUCACCUGAGAUUAAGCCUGUCCUGCUCUCCCAACGGAGCUCUCCCAGCUUGAUAUGGCUGACUAUAGCUUUCCCUCGGUCCUGUAUACCUGAAGGAGCAUCUCCACCUCCAUCGUUCUGCCCGGACACUGAGGUCCAGUGCCGAGGGCCUUCUGGCAGUUCCCUCGCUGCGGGAAGUGAGGUUACAGGGAACCAGGCAGAGGGACUUCUCGGUAGUGGUGCCUGCCCUGUGGAACGCCCUCCCAGCAGAUGUCAAGGCAAUAAACAACUAUUUUACUUUUAAAAGACAACUGAAGGCCGCCCUGUUUAGGGAAGUUUUUAAUGUCUUACACUUUAUUGUUUUUAAUAUUUAGUUGGAAGCUGCCUAGGGUGGCUGGGGAAACUCAGCCAGAUGGGUAGGGUAUAAAUUAUUAUUAUUCCCUCCACAAAACCUUGUCCCUUUUCUCCAGCCUUCCCCACAGCUGCUUAUAAAUCCAACUUCCUUUUCUAGGUUAUCUGCAUGGAUGACUACGAUCCAAGGGAUCUGGAGAAGGAAGCCCUCCUCCUGGUGGUCACCAGCACUUUUGGAAAUGGAGACGCACCCAGCAACGGAAAAGUAACUUUUCAUGGCCACGAGGCAAAAUGAAUUUCCAGUGUGAGCGAGGUCAUCAGUGCAAUGUAAAUGGUGUCUCCUGUUUUCUUUUUGCCACAGACUCUGCAGAACACGCUGCUGUCUAUGAAACAACUGAGCAACAGAUUCAGGUAACUGUCUUUUGGCUGGGGGUGUGCAGCUCUCAUCUUGCGCUUAACAAUACUGUCAGGUUUCUGGCCUUCUGGCCUUUCUGGUCUGAGAUCAUGCUUUGCCGUCUGGUUCUAUGAGGAGUGUAGGAAGCUGCCUUAUUCUGAGUGAGACCGCUGGCCCAUCUAGACUAGUAUUGUCGACACUGAGUGGCAGCAGCUGUCAGAAGUUUCAGAUCAGGGUCUCUGUCACUCAGCAACACCCCUUUGCUUGCUGCUCUUGUAUUGUUCAUUUUAAGAAAAUGUUUUUAGUUAUUAGGGUUGCAACUUUUAUUAACCUGAUAGUUGAAUACAUUAAAAAAAACCCUUUUGAUUGACUAAAAGGGUGUCCCCAAUUAUAUAAAAGAUUGGUAAAUCCUUUAAAAAAUUGCUUGCAUGGAACACUAAACCGUGGUUUGCACUUUGCCUGGCUUUUAUGUAACACUAAACCCCCCUCCUUCUCUUCUUCUGGCAUGGCUGUAAUAAGGUGAUCAAAUGCCUCUGCUUUCAUUUUAGAUUAAACACAGUUUAACGUUAUGCCCAAAGUCAAAACUGUGGGUUUAACUAUGGUUUGCUGAAAUAAGCACUCUUAUGAAACAAUGGUUUGAAGUUGGCAUUUUCCCAACAAACCAUAAGAUCAGUGACACUUUGGUUUGGACGCUGCUGGGGGAGAUGGAGGGAGCGCAUGAUUCUGUGGUUUACGGUGACUUGUCCUCUUAACACUAUGCUGUGUGUUAGAUCCAAGCUGCCUCAAUGUCUGUACAUCAUCCAAAAACAAAAGUUGUUGCUUUUUGUGUGAAAGAAUGUCAAACCUAUGCACAUUUAAUUUGUUAUUUGAGAAAUCAACUAAAAUAUACAAUUGAUCAAGCUUUCUUUAGUUAGUUGAAAACCCUGUUAAUCAUACAAGAGGUGUAAUACCUGGGUGUUCCUGCUGGGCUGGGUCCUUGAACUCUGAAACUCUGGAUGGAGGACAGACAGAGGUGUGGAUAUAGAAAGCAGCUAAAAUUUACAUUCAUGGCUCCACCCGCUUUUGCCUGUGGUCCCGCCCACCACUGACAUGUGACCUCAGGAAGGUCACCCAAAAUGGAAUGUGACCUUUAGGCCAAAAGUGUUUUCCCACCUCUGUCUAUUAUACGUCUGUCUCACCCAUAUGCAAGUCUCCCUCACCCAGAGAGGUAAUCAGGGCCCCAUCUCUGCUCAGAUGCUCCCAGAAUCAUUCUGCGCAUCACCCCUCGUUUCUUUCUGAUGAUAUCAAGAGUGACAGCUAACUUAGCUCUCCCCUUGGAACAGAUACGCCGUCUUUGGCUUGGGUUCAAGUAUGUAUCCAGAGUUCUGUGCCUUUGCCCGCACCGUUUACCAAAAGCUCCGGCAGCUGGGGGCAUCGCCUCUCACCCCGAUGGGCGAAGGAGACGAACUCAACGGACAGGAAGAAGCUUUCCGGAUGUGGGCACUCAAUACCUUCAAGGUACCAACAGCCACCAGAUUCAGGAGCGGAGAGGGGAAGGAUUCGGAGAGGCAUUGGGUCCAAAUGUUGUAGGGAAAUGGUCAAUGCCAUGAAUGGGGGUGUUUCCUGACCCCUGUUCCGGGAAUCUGGAGCUGGGGGCUGAAAUUAGGAGCUUAGAGGUCUGCAAUAGCAGUGAAAAAUGAGGGGGACCAGCCCCUUCCCAACAGAUAUUGAGGGGGCCAAACAACCUCGGCCCCACAGAGUUGGCGUGCCUGGUACAGUGGUACCUCGGGUUAAGUACUUAAUUCAUUCCGGAGGUCUGUUCUUAACCUGAAACUGUUCUUAACCGCCGGAGCCCAAUUUCUGUUCUUAUCCUGAAGCAAAGUUCUUAACCUGAAGCACUAUUUCUGGUUAGUGUGUAACCUGCGGCGUAUGUAACCUGAAGUGUAUGUAAGCCGAGAUACCACUGUACAUUAAUUGGGUUAUAUCCAACUAAGUUUUCCUCAGAGCAGACCCAUCGAAAUUAAUAGGCCCAAGUUAGGCUGGUCUAUUCCUUUCAAUGGGUCUACUCUGGGUAGGAUGAGCAUUGGAUGCAAGCUGUUAUCUCCCAGCCUCAGACACCGGUUUCUUCAGUAAUCAUCUCUGCUCUUGAAUGCACCUGCAACUGACCAAACUGUGCAAAUUAGUGCAGAAUAUCCAGGAGAGUUAACAUCGCUCUUUGGCCCCCCAGAUUAUUGGCCUCCAGCUCCCAUCAGCCCUGGCCAGAACGGCCAAUGGUCAAGGAUAAUGGGAGGUGUAGGCCAAAAUCACCCAGAAAGGCAUUGUUUUCCCAUCCCUGAGGUUGAGAGGAGUGGGAAGGCUGCAAUGGCUCAGGGCUCGGUGUGAGCAAUUUGCACAUGCUCAGAGACAUCCACUUACAAUUGCUUGGAGUUCUGGCUGUGAAUUGGCUGGCAGCUGCUGGGCUAAAAGCUGAUUGCUGUGCCUCAGUAUUCAUCAACUGUAAAAUGGGAUCAACUUCCUCUUGCACAUGUAGGUGUCUUAUGUGUUUAGCUAGCCAUGUGCAGUGUGCGGUAUGCCUGCAUGUUUUUUUUGUCAGCUACCUGGUUGUUUGGGUUCUGCUUUUUGCUUGUGGAAUGCUUUGAGUCUGGAUUAUGUGGUCCACCACAUGUGACACACACAAAACUCCAGCCUUAGCCUCACUCUCUUAGGCACAGGACCAUCCUUGUUUAUUGUGAAAUGUUGGCAGCUAUGUGAAUACAGGAGCAACAGAGCCUAUUCCAGGCAAUCCUUCCCAGACAGGAAGAUAAUUGUGUUCCCUUUGCAGCUAUCUGCAAGAACUCGCUGAGUUUUCAGUCCUUACGAAAUGGUCAUUGAAAAUUCUUCCCCUCUUUGCUGCUCGCUGCCUGCCCCCAUGUUUUGUCUCAGUUCUAGAGAAGAACGAAAAUGGCACUGUUUAGCAUCAUCUUUACAUUUAACCUGAACUGAUUUAAACAAACAAACAAACAAACAAACAAACAUGUUUUAACAUAAUCAGUUGAAGUGAAUUUAUUUACUUAUAGUCCAUGCUAACUCAAGAUGAUAGCCCUCCAUAAUUUCAGUCUAGCUUCUUCUCUUUUCUGUUUUUUAAAAGAUUGCCUGCAAAAUUUUUGCUAUCCGUGAAAACCACAAGAUCUUGGUUCCAAAAGCAUAUACGUGUAAUUCAACCUGGGAUCCAGAAAAUUUUAGGACUGUGUAUGACUCUCAGCUUCUGGACUUGGGGAAAGGUAUACCGUAAUUUCCUCCCACCUUGCGUCUCAAAUACAUUUGUGUGUGUCUGCAAUAUACUGUAUUAUUAUUAUUAUUAUUAUUAUUAUUAUCAUCAUCAUCAUCAUCACCAUCAUACACACCUUCAAAUAUUUAAUAGUACUUAAACCUCUGCUGUUGUUUAAAUCCACCAUUUUCCUCUCAGUUUCCUCCAUUUUUGCUUCACUCAAACUUCUGCUGUUGUUUUAAGCCGGGGUCCCCAAAGUAAGGCCUGCGGGCCGGAUAAGGCCCGAGGGACUCGUUUAUCCAGCCCGCGGAGACCCCUGCCGCCCACUCUUACUGGCACUGCGCUGUGCAACUGCCCACUUCCGGGUUGGAGGAGCACCGGAAAUAGCUUGUGUGCUUGCACAAGUGUUAUUUGUGCAUGCACAAGCGUUAUUCCUGGUGCACAUCCGAGUCGGAGGAGGCCCAUGCACAUGCACACAAGCUAUUUCCGGUGCUCCUCUGACCCGGAAGUGCGCUGGAAAUAGCAUGUGCACACGCAUAUGGGCACAUGCUUCCCCGCCCUCCGGCCCACCGCGCGAUCAGCGCUGGAGACACCGGCCCGAGGUGCAGUAAGUUUGCUGCCCCUGUUUUAAACCUCCACUUUUGCCCUCUCAGUGUCUCUCCCGUCUGCUCCCAUGCCAUGGCUGCUGCGGUUGUGCAACCUGCCUUCUCUUUUGUUUCUCUCCCCUCCCCUGACUUUGUGGAAAUCAAGGAUUGCGAUGCAGCCCUCCAAGGGGGGGGGGGGAUCUGUGAUGACAGCCUUACAUUUGUAUGUGUAUAGGAAGAUAUCAUUGGAGCUGUAAGCAAUCUCCUAAGUAAGCGCAUCAUGCAGAAUGUUCCAUACUCCAACUUAGCAAAUGUUUUCCCCUUCACAGCACUUGGUGACGUCCAUGGGAAGAACAUCAUUCCAAUGAAACUAAAGUUUCGGCAGAACCUGCAAAGUUCAAAGUCCAGGUAUUCAAGUCAUAUUCUGAGUAUCCCUCAUUUAACCCAUCCUAGGCAUGGUUCUUUCCCCCUUUUCUUUAAAAAAACACACUAAUCUGGACUUGGGGGUUAUUUGGACUGGAGUCAUUUGACCAACAGGUAGGAAGAUACUCACAUGUGCUGAAGUUUACUGUGUGUUGAUCAGCACGUCUCUAAAUUUCCCUUUAACUGAUUGGGAAAACUCCCCCUGCAAUUUGGCAGGGUUUUCCAUAAAUGGUCAACAGGCUUUCAGGGAAUCGAAGUAAGAGACAAUACUUCUCCCCAUUAGACACCAGAAAUGUAUCCUGUCCCAAAGUGUCAACAAGGAAAUCCUGUGACGGUUUGAUGGGUCUGUUUUCGCUUGCCAUUUCAGUCGAGCGACUAUCUUAAUUAAGCUUUCCUGUGAGAGAAAUCAGGAAGUCGAGUAUCUCCCUGGAGAUCAUCUCGGGAUCGUCCCUGGCAACUGCAAAGUUCUCGUGGAUGGCAUCAUCGCCCGAAUCACAGAUGCUCCUCCGCCGGAUGAGAUCAUUAGGCUGGAAAGGCGCAGCGAUCGUAAGUCAGGACUUGUAGAAUUUGAAACCCGAAAACCUGAAACCAAAGCAAAUCACAGAGUCCCUCCAGACAUCUUUUGCAUUGUGCUUUCAUAAUUAUUGGCGCUCCUUAUAGUACCUGGGCGGUUGUAAACAACCCACUUUUACUACCAUUCAUGUCUGCAAAGGUUUUGGGAUGGACAUCCUGCUUCGAUUCGGAUUGGUGCACAUCCUGUAGCUUACUGCUUGAAUUGUGUAACUUUUCAUACCCCAAAUGUUCUGUUGCUUGUAUGUUUGUUGCCACACUGUUGUGGAACUGUAGCUUAAGAUUGCUCUCCAGGCGACAGUAGUGUGAUAUCACUGGGGAAGCAUCACGGCACAACUAAUGAAGUGGAAUUAUAUGUGGAUGUUCUACUAAAUGUCCACUGCUAUUGCAUCAAUGACAUGUCGCAGAAUGUCCACCCCUGCCGCCACCAUAAAAAGCAACCCGUCUGGAGAGGCCCUGCAGAGAAUAAAAAUAUUUUUGGGGAGUGCAUAUGAGUAUAUGCACCUUGGUUCUCGAAUGUAAACCAUUCCAGAAGUUUGUUUGACUUCCAAAACGUUCAAAAACUAAGGCACUGCUUCUGAUUGGCACAGGCACCUGGGAAACAAUAGCCAACAGCCGCAUCGGAUGUUCGGCUUCCGAAAAACGUUCGAAAACCGGAACACCUACUUCUGGGUUUUCGGCAUUCGGAAGCCAAAAUGUUUGAGUACCAAGGCGUUCGAGAACCAAGGUUCCACUGUCUGCUUAUCCACUUGAGUGCUUGUGUAGCUAUGUCAACUCCUGUUUUUAUUACUGGGUGAAAUACUACAAGGCUGCCCUCUCUAAGCUCAGCAGUUCUCCAUCCUUCUUCUCUUAGGGUUGAAAUGGAUGGGAAUUAGUGGUACAGUUUGGGUAACUUUAGACUCUGAGUUUACUGGCCUUACAGGGGACUUUCUCUUCAGCUGGUAAAUGCAUAUUAGUACUUCAAAUUCUUCAGAAUGCAGGAAACCAGCCCUGCUAUGUUUGGCGGUGGUGACAAUGGGAGGGGUUCCUAGUCCGUUCUGCCCUGGACAUCUGCCCCCAAAGCCUUUCCUUAAUGGUACCUCUAACUGGCACUGGUUGCUGAGUUCAACCAAAGUCUGGAAAAAACAUUUUUAGGGCAGGAAAACAGCCACACCUAUUUCUUGCUCUGCGUCUCCUUUGCGCAAAACCUCAUCUCCAGCUGACUUCCUCUUCUGGAGAUCUGAAGAUUUCUCCCCCCAACUUGUUUCCUCUUCGAUUCCAGGUGGCUACUGGACGGCGGACAGCAAGUUCCCAGCCUGCACCCUCUCCCAAGCCUUGAUUCAUUUCCUGGAUAUUACGACUCCGCCUUCCCAACAGUUGCUUCGGAUCCUUUCUCAGCUGGCAAAAGAAGAGAGCGAGAAGGAGAGGCUGGACCUCUUAUCUCAUGUGAGUUUUGCCAUGAUAAAAUUGACAUUCCCUUUAAAAAAUGAAGAAGAAGCCUGCUGAAUCAUAGAGUUUUCUGGAGUUGGCCUGUUGUUCAUUUGCUAAUGUUGCUACUGCAUUGUUGCCCAUGGGGAUAAGGAGAAAAUCGAUUCACUUUUCAAAAAAUAUGUGUUUAUAAAUGCAUGACACCGCAACAUCAUACAAUACAUAACUAUAUGAAAUAACUUCAACGUAGCAAUGGCGAUACAGCACACAUUAUUAUUGAUUAAAUUUGUGCCCUAUAUCCACAGGUCUCAGGGCAGUUCACAGGAUAAAAUUACAAUAUAAAAACACAAAAUACAUAAAUCCAAAACCAAAACCACCCAAUAACAUUCCCCCAACACAUUUUAAAAGGCCACAUUUAGAUGACAAUCAACCAAAGGCCUGGUUCAAGAGGACUGUUUUUGCCUGGUGCUUAAAGGUGUAUAAUGAAGGCACCAGGCGAAUUUCCCUGGGGAGAGCAUUCCACAGACAAGGAACCACUGCAGAAAAGGCCCGUUCUCGUGUUGCCGCCCUCUGGACCUCUCAAGGAGGCACACAAAGAAGGGUUUCAGAAGAUGAUCUCAGGAUCUGGGUUGGUUCCUAUGGGGAGAGACAGUCCUUGAAGUAUUGCGGUCCUGAGCUUGCUACAUGUUAAAAGUUCACAUUUAAAUGUGAACCUGUCUGAUUCGCACUUUGCGAAUUGCAGCCAUCCUUUGAAAUCCACAUUCCUCCAAAUUUCAUGAUGCAGAGGGUUGUGGAGGAAAAUGCAUAUACAGUCAUACCUCGGGUUACAGACACUUCAGGUUGCGUUUUUUCAGGUUACAGACCGGCGAAACCCAGAAGUACUGGAACGGAUUACCGGUACUUCCGGGUUUCGGCGGUCAUGCUAAAUCGCUCUUCGUGCAUGCACAAAAGCGCCGAAUCGCAACCCGCGCAUGUGCAGAUGCGGGUUGCGAACAUGCAUCCUGCAUGGAUCACGUUCGCAACCCGAGCGUCCACUGUAGUAGGGUUAACUCCAACUUUGAUUUACAGCCGGCUGGCUCUCUGAUGGGCUUUUUGCGUGUUUUGCAUUUCAGAACUUGGAGGAGUACAACAAGUGGAAGUUUUACAACGGCCCCACCUUCCUGGAGGUGUUGCAGGAGUUUCCGUCGGCCGAGGUCUCAACCUCUUUCUUGCUGUCGCAGUUGCCUUUGCUGAAACCCAGGUAUUACUCCAUCAGUUCCUCGCAGGACCAGCAGCCUGGAGAACUCCACCUGACGGUCGCCGUGGUCACCUACAGGACCAGAGGUAAUAGGGGCUUCCUGGAGUGCGAUGCCACACAGUGGGAAAUUCAGCAGAAGCUGGUCCAUUGGGACUAGUCAGGCACUGCCCCACAGACCUCUGCUCUCAGCCCAGCCCACCGAUUUGCCUUCCCACCUACAACCAGUCCAGGAAAUGGUCCUAGAUGUCAGCUUCCUCCUCCUCCUUAGUCCCAGUGUUGCCCCUUGUAGAACUCAGCAGGGAAGAGGAUGGGGACUACAAUGAGUAGCCUCUGGCUGUCCUUGGCUCUGGCGCCACCUGCUGUUGGGCUCCCUGCCUUCUGACCUGCCAGUCUCAAUGGGCAGCAGGCACCACUGGGUGACUCCUUCCCACCAGCUUCAAAACAGUCUGAUGGCAACAUGGCAACACUGUGUUUGUCCCUCGCACUUGGCAUUGGGCAUAGCAAUUAGGGAAGCAGGGCGGGAGAGGGAGAGGGAGAGGGAGAGGGAGAGGGAGGGAGAGAGAGAGAGAGAGAGAUUCAGCUUGCAUUUAAAGGUGGAUCUACGGGUGGUGCUGUGGGUUAAAUCACAGAGCCUGUGGGUUAAACCACAGAAGGUUGGCGGUUCUAAUCCCCAUGACGGGGUGAGCUCUCGUUGCUCGGUCCCUGCUCCUGCCAACCUAGCAGUUCAAAAGCACGUCAAAGUGCAAGUAGAUAAAUAGGUACCGCUCCGGCGGGAAGGUAAACGGCAUUUCCGUGCGCUGCUCUGGUUCACCAGAAGCGGCUUAGUCAUGCUGGCUACAUGACUUGGAAGCUGUACGCCGGCUCCCUCGGCCAGUAAAGCGAGAUGAGCGCCGCAACCCCAGAGUCGGCCAUGGCUGGACCUAAUGGUCAGGGGUCCCUUUACCUUUAUCUUACCUGAUUUUACACUUCCUGAACUAAAGUGCAGCCAUCAUUUGAAAUUCCUGGAUCUCUGAAUUUUCCAAUGCAGUUCUCCAACCGAGUCGCUUGCACAGAAGUGCCCGUCCUAGGAUAAAGUGUGCAUAAAAAUACAUACAUUGGGGAAAAUAACACAUACACAAAUGUGUCUAUUAAGGGAAAUUUGCACUAAAAAGUGGACACAGGGACUUUUCAAAAGAGCAAAUAAAUCACAGAUGAAUAUGGAAAUGUAGAGAAUUGAAGAAAUGAGAUGGGCAAAUUGGACACUUAUUAUUUCUCUAUCUCUGGUUCGGAGAGGGUGGGGGAACCAGCGGAGGUUUCGAGGUGGGAGAGGAGCAGGGCCACAGGGCUCAGUGAGCUCCUUGCUAGCAUGUGUGCUUUGGGAAAUGCCCAACAAUGCUGACCCCUGGUAUUGACUUAGGCUGGAUCCAGACACAUCAAAGAAGUCUUUCAGUUAAAUGUGUUGUAAACUUUGCAUGAGAAAUUGGGUUGGCAAAAACCAAACUCCACAGCACCAUCUAGUGUCACAGUGUUGUAAUGCAUAGACAAUGCAUAUAAAGCGCUUUUUCUUUACCCAUCUAGCUGAGUUUCGAAUCUCACAUUAGCCUCUCAUGGGGGUAAUGAUUUAAUUGACAUUUCCCCCCCCUUCCUCCACUCAGAUGGAGAAGGUCCAGUGCAUCACGGAGUCUGCAGCACUUGGCUGAACACUGUCGACCUAGAGGAGACCAUCCCCUGUUUUGUACGCAGGUAAUGACACACUCAAGAACUGGGCUGUAAGAAACUGUUGGUGAACUCACAGCCUCAAAAUGACACGUGGGAUGCCUGCAGUGCCACAUCUUCCAGGUCAGCCCUAUCCCGAUUGUGCAUAAAGCACAUUAACUUGAUUUUAUGCUUUUGCUGGCCGAAACCAACCAACGCCACCCCCAUACAAUUUAUUCAUUUUAAUUUAUUAAAUUUAUAUACCACCCUUCAUCGAAAGAUCUCAGGGUGGUUCACAAGAUAAAAACACAAGAUAAAGCACAAAUAAAUAGUUAAAACUAAGCAAUAACCCCCACUGCCACAAACACAUUUAAAAGGCUAUGGAAUGUUAAUCAGCCAAAGGCCUGGUGGAAGAGGAAAAGCUUGGUUAGAUGCUACAAAGUACGUGGCAAUGCUAUUCCACAGAACGGGGCAGCCACAAUAAAGGCCCUGCUCCAAGUUAAUGCAGAGUGAGCUUCUGAAUGAUCUGCUGGCUUCCAUUUGAACCAGGGGCUUGUUUGUUAAGUAUAAUUGUUUCAUUGACACUGAAAUGCAGUGUAUUACUGAAGGCUUUAAAGUGGAGAAAUUGUACUGGAAUAUACUAAGUGGUUUCUGAGCUCCUUGAUGAGUUGAUAAUUAACCACUGUUGCUUUCUGCUAGCUAACACCUGAGUGUUUAACCUUAGAUAAGGUAGAAGAGGUAUUUGGUUGCAAAUCUCCAUUUUGAAAGGGACUUGUGUUUAGCAUUUGUUCCCAGGCUCCGUGGAAGUAGCAUGUACAGUAAAUGAAAUUCUCCAGGAGCACACAGCCUAAGGCAAAAUGGAGGCUGUAAAGAGAGAAACUUGUGGUUUUAGAUCUGUUUGGAGUAUUUCAUAUUUUAUAGAAAGCAGAGCCUCUGCUGGACUGUACAAGAUCUUGUAUGGAAUUACUUGGAUGUAUUAUUUACCAUUUUUUGUUCUGUUUUGAAGAAAGUUCUGCAAGUAAAGCUUUAAUUAAACAUGGGCCUUGACAAUGUUUUUAUUACAAAAGGAGUCGGUUGUUAUGCAUCCGGUUGCUUCAAGCUGCACAAUAUUAAUAUAUGCGUUAUCAUUUGGCUAUAGCAUUACUCAGUUGUUGUUUUCCACCUAGUGCUGAUGGCUUCCGGCUUCCAAAAGACCCACGCGAACCGUGCAUCCUGAUUGGGCCAGGCACAGGAAUCGCCCCGUUCAGAAGCUUCUGGCAACAGUGCCUCUAUGAUUUGGAAAAGAAAGGUAAAAGGGGACACUUGUCACCAGCUGUUAGGCCUGCACACAUACCACCCCUUUAACGGCCACAUAAAGCACAUGACUUCCCCCCAAAGAAUUAUGGGAACUGUUUAACCUCCCACAGAGCUGCAGUUCCCAGCAUGCUAGCAAAUGAGAAACAGGCACACUUCAAGAUCCAAGUUUUAGUGUAUAAAUUCCUAAACAGCUUGGGACCAGGAAACCUGAAAGAUCGUCUCAUCCUUAAUAUACUCAGCCAAUCACUGUGUUCUGCAGCUAUGGGCCUCCUGCAUAUACUUUCCUAUCAGGAGGCCUGUUACUCACAAUGUCAGAAUUUGGCUUUUCUUGUGGUGGCACCUACCCUUUGGAACUCAUGGCCACUGCAUAUCAGACGGGCGCCAUCUUUGUUGUCUUUUCAGCUAAAGGGGUUUCCCCUUUCCACAUGGCUUCCAAAAAUCUUUAUGUCAUCUGCUCUCUGGCUUGGAUUUUAACUGAAUUUAUAUAUGUGCUGUUUGUUAUGUUACAACAGUUUUUGUACAUUAUUUUAUAUGCAUUAUAUUGUAAAAUCACUUCAGGAGGCCUCAUGAGAAGCAAUUUACAAAUGAAAGCAAUAAUAUUUCCACCCUUAAAAAAUAAAUAAAAAUAUUUAUUUAUUAGAUUUGUUUAUCGCUUUAUCUUUACCCAGGGAAACCCAAAGCCACGUACAACCAGACAGACAGACAAACCCUCCACAUAGAUACAUUAAAACCAAGAGGGGGAGGAAUACAUUAAGACCAUCCCACCUACUUCUAAAAGGCUACAGAUGGGUAAAUGCCAAAGGCCUGGUUAUAGAGAAAUAUUUUUGUCUGGUGCCUAAAGAUGUCUAAUGAAGGUGCCAGGUGAGCCUCCCUGGGUAGAAUAUUCCACAGACAGGGAGCCACCACAGAAAAGGCCAAUUUUCGUGUUGCCACCCUCUGGGCCUCUCUUGAAGAAGGCACACAAAGAAGUGCCUCAGAUGACGGUCACUGCCUUUCUGUUUCUUUUUUCUUUCCUAUCAUGUUUCUCGUUUCUUUAUUUCCUUCUUAUAAUGCUUCAGGGAUGGGCACUGAAUUUUCACCCUGAAACCUCAACUUCUGCUGGCCCUUCCUUGCAAAAUAAAUAAAUGCCCGCCUGCCCCCAAACCCCAAACUUAUAAAGCUAGCAUUUCAGGGACUCUAGUUCCUGACACGCUAAUUUUCUAUGUGUGGGGGGUGCAUCUAUUGCACAAAGGGCCAGUCACCUCAGUGAGAACUAGGCAUCCCAAAUAGGCAUGAAUUAAAUUGGGACAGAAGGAGAUCUGUUUGCACUCCCCUCCCCACGCUUGAAAACUGAUUUGGAGGCUUCUGGUUCUAGGGAUCAAAGGGAGGAGUAUGAUCCUGUUAUUCGGCUGCCGACAUGCCAGUCUGGAUCACCUCUACAAAGACGAAAUGGAAGAAAUGAAAAGGAAAGGGAUCCUCCAGGAUGUCUACACAGCUUACUCCAGAGAGCCUGGCUAUCCCAAAGUAAGUCUCGUCUUAUCUUGAAGGACCCACCUUUAACCAAACAUGCAUUUCUUAACCUUUUCCAUAUUUGCAUGGCGGUCUUGCUCCUGUUGCGACCCACCUUGGGUCAGGCCACAAACCACUAGAGCAGGCAUCCCCAAACUCGGCCCUCCAGAUGUUUUGAGACUACAAUUCCCAUCAUCCCUAGCUAACAGGACCAGUGGUCAGGGAUGAUGGGAAUUGUAGUCCCAAAACAUCUGGAGGGCUGAGUCUGAAGGGUCCUGCACCAGAGGAUCCAGACCCACCAGUUGAAGACCAGCGGUCCAGGACAUUUAUAACAAAUUGAAUAACUCACCCUUUUGCACCCCAAAAUGGGCCACAGGUGAUGGGAAAGCCUUCCUUCUGCCUGAGACCUUGGAGAGCAGCUGCCAGUCCAAGUAGACAACACUGUGUUAAAUGUUGCAGCCCUAAUUUAAAACGUCUCUUGAGAGUCCCAUGGACUGCAAGAAGAUCAAACCUCUCCAUUCUGAAGGAAAUCAGCCCUGAGUGCUCACUGGAAGGACAGAUCCUGAAGCUGAGGCUCCAACACUUUGGCCACCUCAUGAGAAGACUCCCUGGAAAAGACCCUGAUGUUGGGAAAGAUGGAGGGCACAAGGAGAAGGGGACGACAGAGGACGAGAUGGUUGGAUAGUGUUCUCGAAGCUACCAGCAUGAGUUUGACCAAACUGCGGGAGGCAUUGGAAGACAGGAGUGCCUGGCAUGCUCUGGUCCAUGGGGUCACAAAGAGUCGGGCACGACUAAACGACUAAACAACAACAAUAACGAUGGAGCAGAAUAAUAACAUACGGGUUUGUUCUUCUCGCUCCAGGUUUACGUCCAAGACCUUCUUCUGAAAAAGCUGGAGUCCGACGUGUGCAGGCUCUUGCACAGAGAGGCGGGCCACCUCUACGUCUGUGGGGACGUCCGUAUGGCCAGAGACGUCGCUAAGACGUUAAGAGAGAUAUUUGCCAAGCAUCUGGGCUUGACGCAGCAGCAGGCCGAAGAUUACUGCUUUCAGCUGAAGGUACGCUGAAAACUUCUUUCUUCAUCAUCUUUGGCAAUCACUCGUAGCCGAGCAAGAUUGUCUUUCACGAACACGGUCUUAACAGAAAGUGACUGUGUGGAGGCCAAUUCUGGAUCCACACGUCCUUCCACAGUGGGGACAUAGGUUUCCGGGCAGGAGUUGAUCACGGUGAGGGUUUGCCAAGCAUGCCUUCCUCUUAGCAUGUUUCUCCCUUUCGUCCUGAGUUCGAGUGUCUUCAAAGCCCAUGACACCUUUGGUAAAGGCUGUUCUCCACCUGCAGUGCUCACAGGCCAGUGUUUCCCAGUUGUCGGUGUUUAUACUCCUUUUUUUAGAUUUGCCUUGAGAGAGGCUUCAACCUCUUUGGUUGACCACCAGCAUUACACUUUCCAUUUUUAAGUUUGGAAUAGUGUACACUGGUACCUCGGGUUACAUACGCUUCAGGUUACAUACACUUCAGGUUACAGACUCUGCUAACCCAGAAAUAGUACCUCAGGUUAAGAACUUUGCUUCAGGAUGAGAACAGAAAUCGGGCUCCGGCAGCGCGGUGGUAGCAGGAGGCCCCAUUAGCUAAAGUGGUGCUUCAGGUUAAGAACAGUUUGAGGUUAAGAACGGACCUCCGGAACGAAUUAAGUACUUAACCCGAGGUACCACUGUAGUUGUUUUGGGAGACGAUAAUCAGGCAUUCACACAACAUGACCAGUCCAACGAAGUUGAUGUUGAAGAAUCAUUGCUUCAGCGCUGGUGAUCUUUGCUUCAUCCAGUACACUCAGCUUGUGUCUCCUGCAGACUGUCAGUAUUUUGUCAAAGAGGGGUUCAAGUGCUCAGGCCCUGCUUGUGGGUUUCCCAUUGGAGCAUCUGGUCAGCCACUGUGAGAACAGGAUGCUGGGUUCAUGGGCCCUUGAUCUGAUCCAACAGAACUCUUCUGGUGUUCUUAAGUGUAUACCAAAAACAUAGUUUAGUGCAAUUAAAAUAAAUCCCUAUUUUACCCUGGUGCAACAAAUCCACUUUAAAAACAACAAUGUUUUUUUUGUGUGUGUGAUGGGGAAAUUGAUUGAAAAGUGUGGGACCCUCUCCAGUAAAUGUUGUGGCAAAUAAUACUGAUUGCUGGUUUAUUUCAUUCGUUUUUACAGAGGCAGAAGCGAUACCACGAGGACAUAUUUGGGGCUGUGUUUCCCCACGAGAACCAAAGAGAACUGGAAGAAAUGAAACUUGACAGAGACAUCAGCAACUGGAGACCUCAACCUCAACUGAAAUUUUAG